UCUGAAUCGUUCCAGCUUGGAAACAUGUCGCUGCACUUCGGAGAGGAGGAAUUUGACAGCGCAUGGAGGGAGCUGGAUGAGCCACAGCUGGAAGGAGGCUGGGAGCUGUUCACCGAGAACAUGGGUGUCAAAAUUUACCGGCUCCUUGACAAGGAGACGGGGCUCUACGAGUACAAGAUCAUUGGCGUGCUGAGCGCCUGCCCAGCCCAGCAGUGUGCGGACGUCUACAUGGACCUGGCCUACCGGAAGCAGUGGGACAGCUACGUCAAAGAGCUGCAGGAGAAGGAGUUUGAGGGCCACAAAGCUAUCUACUGGGAGGUGAAAUACCCCUUCCCCCUGUCGAACCGGGACUACGUGUACAUCAGGAAGCGACGGGACAUCCAGGUCGAAGGUCGCACCAUCUACGUGGUUCUGGCCCGGAGCUCCCCCAACACGCCCCUGGCGGAGAAGAGCAGCGUGAUGAGGGUCAAGGACUACAAGCAGAGCGUCGCCAUGGAAACGGACGGCGCCGGCGGGACCAAAGUGUUCAUGAACUACUUUGACAACCCUGGAGGAAUGAUCCCGACCUGGCUGGUUAACUGGGCGGCUAAGAGCGGCGUCCCAGGUUUCCUGACAGACAUGAAGAAGGCGUGUAAUAACUACGACGGCCACUGCCAGAAGAAGUGAGGACUCCGGCGAUGGAAGCUGCAGCUGCAUCUUCAAUCUGUCAUCACGUGAAUAAGAGAAGGGUGUUUUAGGGUGUAGUGCUAGGAUUCAACACUCCGAUGGACUUCAAUUAAAUUUGAAUUGGCGUCCUGCCGCAGAGAAAAGGGCCGGUCUGCGAGCCAAUCGAAACGCAGUAUUGGGUGGUAUCGCCGCCCUCACCCCAAACCAAUCAGAUAGUUCUGACAUGCUGCCCCCCAAUACAAAUGCAGUGAUUCCCUGUAGAAAUAGCUGUGUUCGUCAGCAGUUAUUAUUAUAGUUAUUAUUAUUAUUAUGUUUUUAUUAUAGUUACUUAUUUCAGCAGUAAAAGUAAGCGAUUGUGGUGGGGUGGUGGUGUAUUGCAAUAUGCUGUUAAGUGGCCUGAGCAUGCAAGUGAGCAUGCUGGAUCUGUUGCCCUUUAUUAAGGGUUUGUAUGAACUCAAAGCACUUCCAUGUUCUGUUUGCCCUGGGUAUUCCUCUCUGCAUUCAGACCCGGAGCCCGUUGGCUUACUACUGUUUUUAGUUAUUUUAUUUGUUUGGGUUUGUUUCGCUAGGUGUUAGGGUUAGGGUUAGGGUUAGGGUCAGGGUCAGGGUGCAGGGAUCUUUCAUCAUUGGGAAAUUCCUAAUCUGCGUCUGUUUAUAUCAAAUGGAAUAAUUGAUUUUUCUAGUGGAAUAGUUACAUUUCUUGAUGAAAAGGGAAAACAGUAGACUAGGUUUUAAUCUUUUUUAAUUGGAUUAAGCAAACAGUCUUUAUAGUCUGGUUGUGCACUGAAAACUAGCUGGAUAACUGGAAGUCCCCUCUAAAGUUUACCUAUUAGAUUUUAUGAAACUGAUGACAGUCAGAUAACACAGUAGCCUAGGCAACAUGAUUCUGCUGGAUGAUCUAUCUUUUAUACUUGAAUGAUUUGGGCCGAUGGCAUUGGUAAGCCUGAUCACGAAAUUACAGCAUCAGGCCAUGAUUGCUUCACGGAAAUAAAUUAUUGUAUUAUUACUGUGGAUGCAUUGUUUUGAAGGAAUGUAAAAAUGUUUAAUCAACGUAUGUGAUAGUUUGACAAACACUCCAAAUCGUGUUAUUGAUACAUUGGAUUCCUCCAUUAAAUUGUAUUUUACUUAGUCGUUGUUUCACAAAUUGGUCUCAUUGAGAUUUAUAAUCUAUUAUACCACUACAGCAGUGUAAAAAUUUCAAAUAUGUUUGCAACCGACAUAGGAAAAUAGUUAAAAAUAUUCAGGUCAAAAAAAUGUUUUUGCUGGAAACAAGGAAAGGGAAGGAAUGAAAACUGAUUUGAUCGAAUAGACAGAAUAUGAAUGAUGGAAAAUGAAUAGAAAAUUAAACAGAAGGCCUUACUCAAAUUAAUAAUGAUGAUGCAUUUGUUGUAUAUCCCUUUUUAAAGUACAGAGAAACGGCCGGGCUUAACUCAGGAGGUAGAGCAGUUGUCUUGAAACCGAAAGGUUGCUAGUUCGAUCCCCAGCCCUUCCUAGCUGAGUGUUGAUAUGUCCCUGAGCAAGACACUUAAUCCUGAUGAGCUGGCUGGCGCCCUGCAUGGUUGACUCUGCCGUCGGUGUGUCAAUGUGUGUAUUAACCGAUGUAAGUCGCUUUGGUUAAAAGCGUCUGCUAAUUGCCCUAAUUGUAAUUGUAAAACUACAGCGAAAAUCAAAACAACCAAAUAAAACCAGAAAAUCUAGCAUGGACAUGGAUAUAAUAUGAAAACAUGUGGAAGAGUUCAACGUUAACAGCAAGGGUGUUCUGAGGGACUUGUAGGGGAGUGCGGAUGCUGGAUGGGUUUGGGGAGAGAGUGUGAGAAGAGGAGGGGUGCUGGUGUCUUUCAGAGGGGCCGUGUCAGUGCGGUGGGGAUAUCGGAACGCGAUCAGACUGUCCUUCCUGAGGAAGCUCUGGUCCUUUGAGGUCUGGAGCAGCUUGCUGCGGAGGUCCACUGGGUCCCAGUCCACUGGGUCGU